GCGUUAUUUAGAACGACCGAAGAUAAUUGGCGGUGGCAUAUGUAUGAUACUAUCAAAGGACCCGACUGGCUUGGUGACAGAGACGCAACCUACUACAUGUGUAGAGAAGCUCCGAGUGUCAUGAAGGCUGAACACUAUGGCGUGCCUUUCUCGCGUACAUCAGAGGAUAAGAUCCACCAACGCGCUUUUGCUGAACAAUCUUUGAAAUAGGGAAACGUAGUCGGCCUACCGGUGCGCGGCCGCUGACCACAUGCCCUCCUGCACACGCUCUACGGCCAAUCUCUGCGCCACAGCACCAACUUCUUCAUCGAGUACUUUGCCCUCGACUUGAUCAUGCAAGACGGCGCGUGCGUGGGUGUCAUCGCUCUAAACAUGGAAGACGGCGCACCUCAUCGUUUCCGCUCGCACAAGACCGUGUUGGCGACGGGUGGUUACGGGCGAGCGUACUUCAGCUGCACGAGCGCCCACACUUGCUCUGGAGAUGGAAAUGUCAUGGUCGUUCGUGCCGGACUUUCCCUUCAGGAUCUGGAAUUCGUCCGGUUCCACCCCACUGGUAUCUAUGGCGCUGGAUCCCUUAUCGCAGAAGGUUCUCGAGGUGAAGGAGGGUAUCUCUUGAACUCUGAGGGUGAACGGUUCAUGGAACGAUACGCGCCUACCGCGAAAGAUCUUGCUUCGCGUGAUGUCGUUUCCUGUUCCAUGACAUUUGAAAUUCGCGAAGGUCGUAGGGUCCUGGAAAGGAUCACAUUGAGCCACCUUCCUGGUAAAGUUCUCCACGAGCGGCUGCUCGAUGUCUCUGAAACUGCCGCCAUCUUCUCUGGUGUUGACGUCACCAUGAAGCCUAUUCUGGUUCUGCCCACCGUGCACUACAACAUGGGUGGCAUUCCUACCAAAUACACCGGCGAGGUCCUUACCAUUGACAAGGAUGGCAAUGACAAGAUCGUCCCUGGUUUGUACGCUGCCGGAGAAGCCGCUUGUGUGUCCGUGCACGGUGCCAACCGUCUUGGUGCAAACUCGCUGCUCGAUAUCGUCGUGUUCGGCCAUGCUGUCGCACACCAUAUCCGAGACACACUGACACCUGGCGAGCCGCACAAGGCGAUCCCUGAGGAGGCUGGCCUCGAGAGCAUCGAGUUCCUGGACAAGAUUAGGUAUGCUUUUGCCCCAGAGCCAACUGCCAAGAUCCGUCUUGACAUGCAAAAGGCCAUGCAGACCGAUGCUGCUGUCUUCAGGACCCAAAAAACUCUCGACGAAGGUGUUGAGAAGGUUCGCUCCAUUUAUAAAAACUUUGAUAAUGUCGGUAUCAAGGACAGGAGCAUGAUUUGGAACUCGGAUCUCGUGGAGACGCUUGAACUGCGCAAUGUCCUCCAGUGCGCCAUCCAAACAAUCACCUCUGCUGCCGCCCGUAAGGAGUCUCGUGGUGCUCAUGCUCGUGAAGAUUUCCCAGACCGUGACGACGAGAACUGGAUGAAACAUAUCCUUUCAUUCCAACACGUUGUCAGCUCUCGGGCCGACUUCGAGCUGAAGUACCGCAAAGUUAUUGACACAACACUUGACGAGACCGAGUGCAAGCCCGUGCCUCCGUUCAAACGUGUGUAUUAG